GCCUCCUUCCUGCACUCGCACAGCGUGGACCUGCAGUACCUGGUGGACUUCCAUGCCCAGCUGCUGCUGAGCGCGUACGACACGACGAGCCCCUCGCGCGUCUGGGUUCCCGCGGCGCACGCAGGCGACCCGUGGCUCCUCUGCCUCUCGAGCUUCCUGCACCAGGACAACCUGCCCCGCCACUGCCCCUCAGCGCUCGCCUACGCAUGGCCCUACGCCUACGCCCGCCUGCAGCUGCUGUCACCGCAGGUCGACCCCAACAGCCCCAUCAACACGAAGAAGGUGAGCGGCUCUGGCGGCGGGGCCGACUCGUACGUGGGCCUCUGGAGGAACUACCUGACCUUCUGCUGCAGCGUGGCGCCCCCGGGCAUGGGCGGUGCAUCGCUGCUCCGCUCCUCGCAGCCCGAAACGCUCGCGUCCACGCCCGACAGCUCGUCCGGGUUCGACGCCAGGCUGACGAGCACCCCGUCUCCCGCCUCGCUCUUCAAGCACAUCGUGCCGCUCAUCCGCUCCGAGAGCAUGGAGAUCACCGAGUCGCUGGUGCUGGGCCUGGGCCACACCAACGCCUACGUGUUCCGUGACCUCAUCGAAGACCUUCACCCCGUCAUCAAGGAAGCCCUCGACAGAAGGCCGGAGAAUGUUAAGCGGAGGAGACGGAGGGACGUGCUCCGGGUCCAGCUCGUCAAGAUCUUCGAGCUGCUCGCCGACGCCGGCGUCUUCAGCCACAGCGCAAGCGGGGGGCUGGACAAGGAGUCGCUGUCGCUGGGCGCCGUCUUUGUGGAGUACGUGGACCUGACGCGCGCGCUGCUUGAGUCGGAGAGCGACAAGGACUCGGAGCUGCUCAAGGACAUCCGCGCCCACUUCAGCGCGCUGGUGGCCAACCUCGUCCAGAACGUGCGCGUGGACCAGCGACGCUACCUCUUCCCGCAGCAGUCUCUGCGCCACAGCCUCUUCCUGCUCUUCAGCCAAUGGGCCGGGCCCUUCAGCAUCAUGUUCACUCCGCUCGACCGCUACCGGGACCGCCACCACCAGAUCAACCGCCACCAGUACUCGGCGCUCAAGGCUAUGUCGGCGGUGCUGUGCUGUGGCCCCGUGUUCGACAACGUGGGCCUGUCACCGGACGGAUACCUCUACAAGUGGCUCGACAAUAUACUGGCUUGCCAGGACCCUCGGGUUCACCAGCUGGGCUGCGAGGCCGUGGGUCUGCUGCUGGAGUUGAACCCGGACCAGGCGAACUUGCUGGCGUGGGUUAUUGACCGCUGCUACACGGGCAGUGCCCGCGUCUCUGCCGGCUGCUUCAAGGCAUUUACGGCCGCAUUCACCACCAGGGACCACGUGGUGGACAUGGUGACGCUUCUCAACCUCGUCCUCUUCAUGGCCUCCGACACCAACAGGGAGGUGUACGAGGCCUCCAUGCAGCUCCUGCAGGUGUGCGAGGGGAAGCUGUUCCACUACGCGCAGAAGAUGGACGGCCUGAAGGCGGACGGCGUGACGCUGGGGUUGCACCUGCCGCCCCCCCACCUCUACGCCAUGUCGGCCCACCGCCUGUCCGAGGGGAUUGCGCGGGCCUACCCGGAGCUCACCCUCGCUGUCUUCUCCGAGAUAAGCCAGCGCUUCCCCACGACCCGUCCUUCGGGACGCCAGGCCAUGCUGGCCUACCUCCUGCCGUGGCUCUACAAUGUCGAGCUGUGGGGCGGCGGUGGCGGCGGUGGCGGCGGCGGCUGCAGGGGUGGGGAGGAGGAAGGGGAGAACGGCGGGGGGCUUGCGGGGGGCGGCCGCUGGCUGAGGGGGGCCGGCUGGGGCUCGGCGCAGGCCACGGCGUUCGUGCUCAACAACCUCCUCUACAUGACGGCCAAGUACGGGGACGAGAUGGUGGGGGGCGAGCUGGAGAGCGUGUGGACGACGCUGGCCAACAGCUGGAGCGGGAACAUGCGCGUGACGCUGCAGCACGUGAUCGCCCUGUGCGGCGUGCGCACGGAGCCUCCGCUCCUGCCGCACAUGAAGAAGGUGGUGAUCUACCUGGCGAGGAACAAGCCGGUACAGCUGCUGGACGAGUUUGUGCGCGAGCUGCAGCUCACCGAGUCGGUGAACUCGGUGGUGAUCCACACCGACAACCCGCCCUACUACCGCGUCGCCGGCGUGCACAAGACGCCGUCGCUCACGUCCGGUGAGGCUGCCGUGCGCGAGCGAGCUCCACGCGGCGCUCGCGAUCAGUACGGGGACGAGAUGGUGGGGGGCGAGCUGGAGAGCGUGUGGACGACGCUGGCCAACAGCUGGAGCGGGAACAUGCGCGUGACGCUGCAGCACGUGAUCGCCCUGUGCGGCGUGCGCACGGAGCCUCCGCUCCUGCCGCACAUGAAGAAGGUGGUGAUCUACCUGGCGAGGAACAAGCCGGUACAGCUGCUGGACGAGUUUGUGCGCGAGCUGCAGCUCACCGAGUCGGUGAACUCGGUGGUGAUCCACACCGACAACCCGCCCUACUACCGCGUCGCCGGCGUGCACAAGACGCCGUCGCUCACGUCCGGCACCACGUCGAGCAGCAACACGAUGGUGCCCGGAGCGGAGGGCCUGCAGGACACGAGAAGGACAAAGGUUCCCAAGGACCCGAGCUUCGAAGACAGCUACCUGGGAGGGGAUCUGUACUCGGGCCUGGCCCGCCACCAUCACCCGCGCCUCGAGUCCCGCUACAGCAACAGCUCCGGAGGCUCCUACGACGAGGAGAAAGGUGACCUCCUGCCGGCGCACGUCUGCUGGCGCAUCAAGGUGCUGGAGGCGCAGCAGCCCGAGCCUCUGCCGAUGCCGGCCAACGGCGGCUGCUGGGCGCCGCUCGUCGACUUCCUCCCCGAGAUGGUGUCGCCAGGAACCCCUCUGCACCGGUGUAACGUGGCCGUGAUGCUGAUGAGCGACUUGGUGGUGGACCACAGCAUGGAGGUAGACUGGAUGACCUACCUGCCUCUGCUUCUGCACGCGCUGAUCCUGGGCAUGGACCACUACCGCGCGGAGGUGUACCAGCACUGCAAGCGGCUGCUGCUGCACCUGCUGCUGGUGCUCGCGUGCAGCAGCAGCUGCCCGGCCAUCGCGGCCGUGCUGCUGCAGAACGGCGAGCAGCAGGAGGGCCGGGCCCUUGGGGGGCGGCCCUGCCCCCCCAGGGCCCACGCCAGCCCCUCGGGCGUGAGCACCUUCUCCGAGCUCCGCCGCUCGCUCGCCACCGACUCCAGCCUCAGCUGCAGCUCCACGCAGUCGAGCCUGACAGCCAGCGCGGCCAACCUGCCGCUGCUGUCCGCGCCGGGCCUCGCCGACGACGCGGCCGAUCCGGACGGCAAGGCCCGGGCCCUCAUCGAGUUCAUCGCGGCCAGGAGGAGCGGGCCGCUGUGGUGCCACGAGGAGAUCGCCCCACGCAGCCACGCCAUCCGCAGCACGGAGGAGCUCAGCGGCUUCGUGGACCACGUGCUCGCCGCAUUCUGCGCCGCGCAGCCCGGCUGCCGGCUGGAGCAGCAGCUGAGCGAGGUGGCGCUCCACACGGCGCUGUCGUGCUCGUCGCGCCACUACGCGGGACGCUCGUUCCAGGUGUUCCGCGCGCUGCGUCAGCCGCUCAGCGCUGGCGCGCUCUCCGACAUCCUGACGCGGCUCGUGGAGACGGUCGGCGACCCCGGCGAGGAGACGCAGGGCUACGUGAUGGAGAUGAUGCUGACGUUGGAGUCGGCCAUCCACACCAUCGUGGAGGCUUCCAAGCAGGGAGAGCUGCUCACCUCCUUGUCCAGGUCCUCGUCUCCCGACCCGUCGCUCGUUCCUCCGCCCAACCUCGCCAUCAGCCGCAAGAGCACAGGGCAGCUCAACCUCGGCGGCGUCGCCGGCGUUGGCGUCAACCACACCUCCCACCUAUCCUUCCAGGCCUCCGGCCACCACCACCGUAGCAACUCCAUGCCCAAGCGCUUCGGCCCGGCGGACCGGCUCCCUGAGCCGAGGCGGAGCGCCACGCUCGACCGCCUCGAAGCCAGGGGCGGCGGCGGCGGCGGCGCCGCAGGCUGCUAUUCCCGUGGUCACCUGGGCACGAUCGUUGCCGCUGGCCUCCACCUGGGCAAAGCCCACAGCCUGAGUUCGUUACGCGAGGGGCACGUUGACCUGGGACCGCAGCUGCAGCAGCAUUAUCAUCAGCAGCAGCAUUAUCAUCAUCAGCAGCAGCAGCAUCAGCACCAUGCCUACCAGCCGAGCGUGCAGAUUCAGUUCAACCAGCAGCACUAUCAUCAUCAGCAGCAGCAGCAGCAGCAGCAGCCGACGGUGGUGACUGCAGCGGACUCGUCGGCGCUGCUCGUCACGUUGUUCUGGAUCGGCGUGGCGCUCCUCGACUCGGACUACGACACGGAGUUCACGAUGGCGCUCAGGCUGCUGGACAGGCUGCUGGGCCCACAGGGCCUGGAGCUGGGCGUGGAGGAGACGCGCGACCGCGUGCACAAGGCCAUGUCCCAGCUCAGCUGGUCCAGCUUCCCCGGCAUACAGCCCCUGCUGCUCAAAGGUUUCACCUCCGCCAGCACGCUGGACCUGACCGUGCAGCUGCUGGGAAAGCUGACCGCCGUAUCGCGCACGGCCAUUGUGGACCCGAGCCAAACCACCGGAUUCCCCCUCAACGUGCUGUUCCUGCUCCCGUACCUCGUCCAGAACUUCGACAGCCCCACGGAGUUUUGCCGGGAAUGCGCUGACAACAUCUCCCAGGUGUGCCUGGAGGAGAAGACGAUCAAGCUGGCGAACCUGGCACACGUCAUGAGCCUCUACCGCAACGGCAGCUACACGCGCGACUCCGUCAACUGGGUGAACGUCGUGUGCCGCUACCUGCACGACUCCUUCUCCGGCUGCACCUUCGACCUCGUCUCCUACCUGGCGGAGCUUUUGGACAAGGGCCUGCCGAGCCUGCAGCCAACUCUGCUGCAGAUCAUCCACAGCCUGCUGAGCCACGUGGACCUCUCGGCCGUGCCCGGCAAGAAGUUCAAUGUGGAUGUCAUCAAGAUCAUUGGCAAAUACGUGCAGAGCCCCCACUGGCGCGAGGCACUCAACAUCCUCAAGCUGGUGGUGUCACGCUCGGCCAGCCUGGCCACUCCGCUGGAGGCGGUGUCGGCGCCGAUGGCGGCGCGGGGGCCGCCCCUCCCCACCGAACUGGCGGCGGGGGCGAUGCCGGCACCGGCCCUCCCGCCGGAGAGCGGCUCUCACAACAAGCUGUGGGGCUCCGCUUCCAAGGAGCUGCCGGGCAAAACGCUGGAGUUCAACUUCGACAUCUCGGAGACGCCGGUGAUUGGCCGCAAGUCGACCGACCAGCAGGCGCGCCCCGGCGAGGAGAACAAGGGCAAGUGCGGGAUCGCCGUGACGAGGAGCACCUCCUCCACCUCGUCGGGGUCCAACUCCACCGCCCUCGUCCACGUCAGCUGGAAACGACCCCAGCUCUCUCAGAGGCGGACGAGAGAAAAGCUCAGCAACGUGCUGUCGCUGUGCGGCCAGGAGGUGGGCUUGACCAAAAACCCUUCGGUGAUCUUCUCGUCGAGCGGGGAUCUGGAGAUGGCGGAGCACCAGGCCAACCUCGUGGCACCGGCCGAGGAGCCGAUGUGCGACCCCGACCUCGAGGAGACGUUCAGCGAGCAGCAUUUCGGCGUCUUCAAGGACUUUGACUUUCUCGACGUCGAGCUGGAGGAAGCGGAGGAGCUCCUGGGCGAGAGCGUGGACAACUUCAACUGGGGCGUGCGGCGACGCUCGCUGGACAGCAUCGACAAGGUGGAGCUGCCCUCGCUGCACGAGUGCCAGUUCAUGGGCACGGGCGCCGGCGGCAGCGUGAAGCAGCUCAACGCGGAGGAGACGGACGAGUCCAGCGACGAGGAGCUCACCACUUACUCGCCAACGGAGGAGUCGCUGGCCAACCACGUGGACUCAAUGGCCGCCCCGGCCUCGGAGGGCAGCUCGGGGGUCCCCAACGGCACGGCGACCCCCGCCACCGGCACCCCCAGCGUGGAGGUGUCCACCGCGGACGACGCAGAGCAGCUUGCUUCAGAGGAGGACGGCGGAGCCGCCGAGACUUCGUCGGCCGCCGACACCGGCGGCCGGGGAGUGGAGUCGCUGGCGAGCGAGGACGACGCCGAAGCCGCGCCGCCUUCCACCACCGUCAUCGGCGGCGUCGUCGGCAGCGACGACGACGGUGGAGGAGGAGGAGGUGGAGGAGGAGGUGGAGGAGGAGCGGAGAGCGCCGACAGUGCCAUCGUGGUGCUCACCGACACUGAAGAGAAAGAUGAUACCCACGACGCUGCCAUGUCCAGCAGCGGCAGCGUCAGCGACGGCGGCGUCAUCGGCGUCACCGUCGGCGUCACCGUCGGCGUCGCCUUAGCCGCCGACGACCCGGAGCAGCAGCGGCGGCGGGAGGAGGAGGAGGAGGAGGAGAGCCUGCGGGAGGCCCGGCCCGCAACGCCACCCCCGUCGCCGUUUUUCUCGGCGAUCCUCGCCGCGUUCCAGCCGCCGCCGGGCGGCGGUAGCGCCGAGGAGGCGUGGCGCCUCCACGCAGCCGGCGUGCUGUCCGACCAGGACGGCACGUGCGCCGUCCACACCUUCCAGCUGUUCUGCGGCCUCUUCCGGAACGUACGGCGCGGAUUUUGCUCCUUGACGCACGACGCCAGCAGCUACCUGGGCGACGGCCUGCACGGCAUGGGCCCCAGGUUCAUGAGCUCCGCGGAGGUGCUGAUCUCCUCCUCCGAGUGUCCCACCGUGUUCAUCGACGCCGACACGCUGGUGUCCUGCGGCCUCCUGGAGAAGAUGAAGUUCGGAGUCCUGGAGCUGCAGGAACACCUGGACACCUACGGCAGUAGGCGCGACGCUACGCAGCAGUGGCUCAACAACUGCAAGAGAACGUUCGUGGCUUGCACCCAACCGGAGGAGACGGCGGGCGGCGUCAUAACGAGCCAGCCAAUCGGCUCCAAGGAGAAGCAAAUGGAGUUGUGCCGAAGGCUGUACAAACUCCACUUCCAGUUUCUGCUGCUUUUUCAGUGUUACGCCAAACUGACGGGCAGCCUUGAGGUGCUCCGCUCCAACCCCACGCUCACCGACGUGUCCACGGAGCUGGCGGAGCUCCACUGCGGCCUGCGCGUCGCCGCGGUGGCCGCGGACGCGGCGGACGGCGCGACGCUUGCGCGCCUGGCGGCGCAGCCGGUGCUGUGCCCCGAGGACGCGGUGGUGGCGCUCCUCGACUCGCUGCGCAACCGGGAGCUCUACUCGGCCCUCCUGCAGCUCAAAAUCUCCAGGGCCACAUGGCCGGCCGACGUGUUUGGCUCUCCGGACGACGACGAGGUGCUCACGCUGCUCUGCAUGCGCUUCCGGCACGCCACGCUGGGCCAGGCCGGCGCCUUUGCGCUGGCGCCGUCGUCGGCGUCGGCGUCGUCCGGCGACCCGGCUCAGCUCGCCUGCACCAACCUCAUGCAGCUCAACAUGCACGUGCAAGACGCGCUGCGUCUUGUGCAGGCCUCCAGCUUCUACCCGCAGCAGCAGCAGCAGCGCCAGCAGCAGCAGCAGCAACAGCAGCAAUCCCAUGAGCCACAGCAGCAGCAGCAGCACCAGCAGCACGAACAGUAUGAGCUACAGCAGCAGCAGCAGCUGGAGCUUCAUUAUCAGCAGCAGCAGCAUCAGGAGCAGCAGCAGCAGCAGGAAGAACAGGAGGAGCUUGUUUAUCAGCAGCAUGAUCAGCAGCAGAAUGAUCAGCAACAGCAUGAUCAACAGCAUGAUCGACAACAGCAGCAGCAGCAGCUUCAUGAUGAUGUUCAACAACACCAGCAGCAUCAGCAGGAAGAUGAUGAUCGUACUACGGAGAUGGUGGGAGAAGAUUUGUAGUAACGCUGUACAAAACGAGCUCUGGCUUACACCUGCAGCAGCAGGAGCAGCUGCAGCAGCAGCAGGAGCUACGGCUGCAGUAGCAGCAGCAGCAGAUGUAGUAUCUGCAGCAACAGCUGGAUAUUUAGUUAUCAGCAGCAGCUGGAAGAACUUAGAUUGACAGAGAUGGUUGGGCAAGAUUCAGUAAUGCUGUAAAAAAUCUAGCUUCUUACCUGCAGCCGCAGCGUCAUCAUCAGCAGCAGCAGCUUCAUCUCCAGCAUCAUCAGCAUUAUAAGCAGCAUCAUUGUCAGCAGAAGCUUAAUCAUAACGAGCUGCAGCUGCAGAAGAUUCGUCAACAUCAUCAUCAGCAGCAGCUUCAUCAUCAGCAGCAGCAGCAGCAGCGGCAAGCUUCAUCAUCACCAUCAGCAGCAGCAGCAGCUGCUUCAAUAGCAGGAGCAUUUUAACAAGCUUCAUCAAUCGAUUGUUUUAUUGAGAGGUAUAAGCACUGAACCGCAAAGCCAAGCAAAAAUAAUUACGUGAAAUAAUUUAUCUUUUUUGUUAAUAUCGGUAACCUUCGUUGCGUCGUCACGGUGCAGAUCGCUCACUGAGCAGUGCGUUGGAAAACGGCCCGCAGAAGCAGAUAUCACAGAGCUAUCUCCGAGUUCCCCUUCUUCAAGUGACGCUCUGGUCCACGCACAGAACGACCCCCGCGGAAGCGGAUGUCGGAGAGCUACCUCUGAGAUCUCCGUCUUCGUCUUCAAGUGACGCUAUGGUCCACG